CUGAAGUUGGCAUCCGAUUCGCAGCAUCCGAUUCGGCAGCUGGUCCACUUUAAAUCGGUCCUGAUUGAAAACCACUACACCUAGACUCUUCAAAUCUGGACUAAAUUUUCACAAGGCGCACAGCAACAUUCAUGGCGAUGCGUGUCUCGCGCGUAGUCGCGUCGAAAACUGUAUGAAGCAAGCUAAAGGCCAGACCCAUGAAUGUCCGGUGAAUUCAACUUUUCCCGCUCGAUUUACCGUCGUCUUGCACCCUUGACAAGCGGAGCGAGUUUCACGGUGCCAUAGCAACAAAAGAACAAAAGAAUAAAAGGUUGCACCCGUCAGAGACUCUCCGGUUAUUUCGUGUCAAGGGCUGCUACAGUGAAACUCGACCACGACGAAUCCUCUUCCACGGACCCUCAACGCUGCAUCUGGACGUCCAACUUCGAUGUGCGGGCAUCUUCAAUACUGUAAAUAAGACAUCGCCCGAUGUCCUGCACACAUUCCCACAGGCGCCUCAGCUGCAUCAAGAGACACUGUACACAUAAUCAAAGGUGAUGUGGUAAGAGAACUUAAAAAAAAACAGACUCUGGCAACCUAAGAGUUUAAGAACGGUUAAACAACCAAGUUCAUUGUAAAGGUUAAAUGCGUGGUCUGAAUGUUGUUUAUUUGAUGGCUUUAAUGUCCAUGAUCAAGUCCGAAAUAAUUGUUAUCUCAUGAAACCCUAACUGUUGAAGCUCAUUAUUUUAAAGGUCUGAUUGUGAAGUACCAGCAGUAUUUUUGUCCAUAACAUUUUGCCCUUUUUGUGCAUGUUGUUUUGCUAAUCUUGAGGUGUUCAUAAGGUGUAAAUGUCUAAGUUUGAGUGUUAUUUAGUAGUACUUGUGUAAAGUUAAAGUCACCACUCAUCCAAAUUUAAGUCCAGACAUUAAAACACUUCAAGGAGCAAACUAAUAUAUCAGACCAUCAAAAUGUUAACACCUGCUGAAGAACCAGACUGCCCCCCGAAAGACAAACAGGGGAGGUCCAACUCACGAGAACGAAGUUUAACAGAAAAGGGCCUAGAGAUGCAAGAACAGGAAGCAAAGAAAAACGAAAAGGCAUUCAACAAAGCCUAUGACUCGUGGAAGCAGUUAGCAAGAGAAACCAGAGUAAAAUUAAAGGCUCUCUGCUCACCUGAAGAUCUUGAUACAAUUGAAAGAGACAUUAAAGCUAAACACGCCAUAGUGCAACAACAUUAUGAGCCAAUUCGCCGCAACCAUACUACUACCCCAGUUAUUGUUCAAAGAAUGGAUGCAUGUGGCACUCUAACAGACGAAAUGUUUGAGCUCAUAAACAAACGUCUAGAGAACAUGGACGAGACAUUUAAUGAAAGUAGGGAAAAGGAAAGAGUGAGGAUGACGCUAAAUAAGAAUGAGUAUGAGUCUGUCUUUGGAAAAACAGAAACAGAAACAGUAAUUUCAGAAAGCUCAAACUCAAAAGCCACCUCCAGGUCUUCUAGUAAACGUGCAGACGCAGAAGCAGAUCUUGCAGCUAAGCUAGAACAGGCCAAUGCAAUGGAAGAAAUACAUGAACAACAAACAAAACUCAUUAAGCUGGAGAGUGAAUGGAAGCUUAAAGAGGCAGAGGUUAAAUUAAGACUAGAGGAGGAGAAAACAAAGCUACAACGGCUACAAGCGUCAAAGGAAGUAAAGGUAGCAGCAGCACGAGUCAAAGCAUACAAUGCCUUUGAUAAUGUUGAAAGUUGCAAUCAAGAGGUCGACAACAUAAUGCUGCCCGACUACCUAAAUACUGAUCUUCGAACUCCACUGUAUCCAAGAGCCCUGCCAUUUCAAUCUCAGCAAAGACCCCCCGAGAUGUUGAGAAAUCAAGAGGAGGUGAGUCUAACCCAAGCGCUUGCAAGCUCACUUAUUCUUAGUCGUCUGCCUGUACCAGAACCCUCCACGUUUACCGGUGACCCUUUAGAGUACUUGGAUUGGAAGACAUCCUUUAUGGCACUUAUCGGCCAGAAGCCCCUCCCUGUGUGUGAAAAAAUGCUAUACCUAAAGAGUUAUCUUGCAGGGGACGCACGCAGAGCAGUUGAAGGAUUCUUCUACCGAAACACUGAAGACGCAUAUAAGGGCAUUUGGAACGUGCUACAGGACAGAUAUGGAAAUCCAUUCAUCAUCCAAAGAGCUUUUAGGGACAAACUCACAAAAUGGCCAAAGGUAGCUGCAAAUGACCCCGCAGCGCUCAGAGAGUUUGCAGAUUUUCUGCAAAGUUGCGCCGAAGCCACUCCCCACGUUAAAGGCUUAGCCAUCCUCAACGAUUGUGAAGAAAAUCAUAAGCUCCUCAAAAAGCUGCCUGAGUCCAUGGCACAUAGAUGGAGUCGCAUUGUAGUGAACGAGUUAGACAAAUCUCAAGAGUAUCCAACCUUUGCUCGUUUCACAGAGUUCAUGCAGAAGGAAGCCAGAAUAGCUUGCAACCCCAUGGCCUCCCCCUUCCUGAUGAACAACAGAUUUGAAGACGAGAGAUUUCCCAAGAGAGCAAAAGCCCUAAACACGCACGCUCAAACAAAGUCCUUCAUCUCUGGCCCACCAGAAACCUCAGCCUCACAUCCAAGGCCACCUUGUUCAGUCUGUGAAGAUGAUAGUCAUGGUAUUGUUAAGUGCCCAACCUUUGCAGCAAGAACUGCUGAUGAAAAGAAGGUUUUCAUUCAGGAAAAUCGUCUUUGUUUUGGAUGCCUAAGGAAAGGUCACGUAAGUAAAGACUGCAAAGGACGUCACACCUGUAACAUAUGUAGCCGACGUCAUCCAACCUGUCUACACAUAGAAAGAGACCAAGUGCCUGUAGGAAACUCAAGGAGCAGCUUAGCAGCCUCAGGAGAUGGCGAUACCAAGGAUGUUCGUAAGGUUAUGGCACAUGCACUGACAAGGUAUAGUUCCGCCACAUCUAGCAUUGUCCCUGUCCUUGUGUCCACUACAACAGACCCCCAAAAGGAAAUCCUAACGUAUGCGCUUCUUGACACACAAAGUGACACGACUUUUAUCUUAGAAGAUCUAGUGUCUGAACUUAACAUGAGCACUCAACCAAUCCAACUCAAGCUCAGUACGAUGACAUCUGUGGACACAGUUAUAGCAAGUAAGGCUACAUGCGGCUUCCGUGUUCGUGAAUUUAACUCCGAGACCUGUGUGCAGCUAAAGCAAGCCUACACUCGGGAUUUCAUCCCAGUCGAUAAAUCUCACAUCCCUACAAGGGAAACAGCACUUCAGUGGCCUCACCUCAAACGCCUAGCAAACAAACUACAGCCACUGCAACACUGUGAAGUGGGACUAUUAAUCGGUUACGACUGCCCAUCUGCACUAGCUCCUUUAGAGGUCAUUACAGGUACCGAAACUGAACCCUUUGCCCAAAGAACCGCCCUCGGCUGGAGCAUCAUAGGGUCAGCCAACCCACACCUCGACAGACAAGACUGCCAAAGCUUUGUGCACAGAGUUGCAGUUAAAGAAAUGCCAAUGCCACCAGUCACCGAUGUGCUCAAGGCCUUGGAGUCAGAUUUCAGUGAAAGGAGCUAUGAGGACAAGUUUGUGUCUCAAGAUGAUGUUCGCUUUGUACAACUCCUUUGUGGCACUAUAAGGCAAAGAGAAGAUGGACACUAUGAGAUGCCCCUUCCUUUCAAAGACAACAAUCCCCCUGCGCUACCAAAUAAUAACAGACUGGCUACAAUUCGGCUAGAACACCUCAAGAAGAAGUUAAAGAUCCACACGCAGUACUUCGAUCACUACAAAGCCUUUAUGGAAGAAACCAUCAGCAAUGGUGACGCUGAACCAGCCCCUGUAUCUUCUGAGGGAGAUAUUGUAUGGUACAUCCCGCACCAUGGGGUGUACCACCCUAGAAAGCCAGACAAACUCAGAGUUGUUUUUGACUGUUCAGCUAAGUUCCGUGGCAUCUCCCUUAACGACACUCUACUGACAGGUCCUGAUUUAACCAACUCCUUGGUGGGAGUACUCUGUCGUUUCAGAAAGGAAGCAGUGGCCGUGACCUGUGACAUUGAAAAGAUGUUCCAUCAAUUCUCUGUCUCACCUGAAUUCCGCAACUACUUAAGGUUCCUAUGGUGGGAGGGUGGUCAGUUGGAUACGGAACCCAAAGAGUAUAGGAUGGCAGUCCACCUCUUUGGCGCUGGCUCCUCCCCAGGAUGCGCAAACUUCGCCCUUAAGUAUCUGGCACAGCAACACAAGGUUGAUUACACUGCAGCAUCAGCUUUUAUAGAAAAUAACUUCUAUGUAGAUGAUGGUUUAACCAGUGUUUCAUCAGUUGAAGAGGCCCAAAAAUUGAUUGUUGAAGCUCAAGAGCUGUGCAAGAGUGGAGGCUUACAUCUGCACAAGUUCAACUCAAAUCAAAGUGACGUGCUCUCAUGUAUAGACCCUUCAGAAAGGGCAACAACCACUGGUCCCCUCAACCUUAAACCUGACAUGACACCAGAUGGACAUGUACUUGGCAUCCAGUGGUCAAUUGAGAAUGACACCUUCGGCUUCAACAUGGUCACAAAGGACCAGCAACCAACCCGCCGUGGUAUUUUGUCAAUUGUUGCAUCUCUUUACGACCCUCUCGGCUUCGUAGCUCCCUUUGUUCUCAGUGGCAAGUGUAUCCUGCAGGAGUUAUGUCGCCGUGGCAUUGGAUGGGAUGAUCUGCUUCCUGAAAUGUUAGCCCCACGGUGGGAGGAGUGGAAAAAUGGGCUACAAAUGUUGAAGGAAAUCACCAUACCCAGAUGUUACCAUCCUCCAGACUUUGGCAAAGUUGUCAAAGUGGAGCUACACCAUUUCUCCGACGCCAGCAAUGUGGGAUAUGGUGCAUGUUCAUACCUAAGAUACAAAAAUGAUGAAGAUAAAGUCCAUUGUUGCCUCGUAAUAGCAAAAGCGAGGGUCGCGCCUACAAAGCUUUUGAGCAUUCCAAGACUGGAGCUGUCAGCUGCAGUCACUGCAGCUAGGAUGAGCGUGAUGUUGAAAACCGAACUUGAAAUGCAGAUUGACAAAGAGUUCUUCUGGACCGAUUCCCAGGUAGUACUGGCCUACAUCAACAACGAGGCACGAAGGUUUCACGUGUUCGUUGCUAACCGCGUUCAACUGAUAAGAGAUACUACAGACCAAAGUCAGUGGCAUUAUGUCGAUACGACACAAAAUCCAGCCGACCACGCUUCUAGAGGUCUUCGUGCAUCAGAUAUUUCGUCAACAACCUGGCUGUCAGGACCCAAGUUUUUAUGGGAACCAGAAGUUCACACAUCACCAAACUCUUCACCAGAGCUGUUAGUUGGUGAUCCAGAAGUCAAAGCAGUUGAAUCGUUCACAACCCACACAAGUGAACAAAACGAUGUUCUGAGUCGUCUAUGCCAGCUUUCCAGUUGGUCAACUCUCAUAAAAGUGGUUGCAAGGAUCAAAAGAUUAAGGUGUAAAGCAGGUCAACAUGGCGACCUUGUGACUGUUGAAGAACGAAGGAAGGCCACUGAGAUGGUGAUCGCCCUCGUCCAGCAGCAAGCUUUCCCCAAAGAGCUGAAGUUACUGCGAAAUGGAGAUAGCCUCCCUAGCUCAAGUCCUCUUAUACGCCUCAACCCCAUUCUAGAUCAGGGACUUCUUCGAGUUGGUGGAAGGUUGAACAAAUCAAGUCUCAGUCAUGAACUAAAGCACCCAGUCAUUCUUCCUAAGGAUAGCCCCAUAAACAAGUUAGUUCUGUCACAUUAUCAUGCCAUGAUUUGUCAUCAGGGCCGCAGUCAAACCCUAAUGGAACUGAGAGCCAAUGGAUUUUGGACGAUUGGUGGGAGCAAAGCAGUCGCCAAGUUGAUACACGGAUGCGUUAAAUGCAGGAAACUCAGACGCCAAACUGAGGAGCAGUGUAUGUCUGAGCUUCCCAAAGAACGUGUUGAAGUCUCACCCCCUUUCACAUACACUGGCAUGGACUGUUUUGGUCCAUUCAUUAUCAAGAGGGGCCGCAAAGAGCACAAACGAUAUGGACUCCUCCUCACAUGUCUAUCUUCACGUGCAGUCCAUAUCGAAAUGCUUGAAGAUCUUUCCACUGACUCCUUUAUCAACGCCUUAAGGUGCUUCAUCAGUCUAAGAGGAGCCGUUUGCCAAUUACACUGUGACCAUGGCACAAACUUUGUAGGAGCUAGAAAUGAGUUCAGAGAAGCUCUCAAACAAUGUGAAACCAAGACAUUGGAAGCCUUCUUGGCUGACAAACAGUGCAAAUUCAUCUUUAAUGCCCCCUCUGCAAGUCACGCGGGCGGAGUCUGGGAGCGACAGAUCCGGACCAUUCGCAGGGGUGCUAAACGCCACAAUUACUCAGUGUUCAGGCCGUUUGGAUGA